AAAAUAUGAGAUUAGAAUGGCGGAGCUUUCUCAGCCUCCAGUCACUUUUGUUCCUCUUAACUUUCUUAAUCUCCAUUAAAUUGACUGUAUCACUUCAGUUUGUGGAUGUCUCGGAUAAUCUAAACCUUAGAUCGGUGUCUGGUAACUUUUCAGUGGUCGCUGUCGCCGAUCAAAAUGGUGACAAAAGAAAUGAUCUAUUUUUGGUUAAAGGCUCUCAAGGUAACUUGGUAGUAAUGACUUGGGAUAAUAAAGAGAAAGCUUUCAAGACAUUUCACACACUAAUGACAAAAUUGACCGGAAUUAUAUCUGUAUCUGUUUUUGAUUUUGAUGGUGAUGGAUUGUUAGAUUCCCUUGUGCGUUCAGCUGAUUACCCUCCAGUUGUUUAUUGGGGUAAUGCACACGGGCCUAGUGGUCCUAAUAAUGUUACUAUUCCUGUACCAUCAGAUUAUAAAGCAGAAACACUUGUUAUUGAUGGUAAUGGUGAUCAUUUGCCUGAUGUACUUGUGCUUUUGGAUCAAGAUCUUCAACUUUGGUCAAGUCAAGGAAAGAGUCGUUCUUUUAAUAUCUCUCAAGUACUAAAGGGUCCUUUAGUUAAUGUUAUUGGUAGCUAUUAUGUUGACAUUAAUUCAGAUUGUUUAGCUGACAUUCUUAUUGUGCGCCGUGAUGAAGGGGAACCACCUUCCAUUGACAUCUGGUUAAGAGACCCAGUGUACAUGAACCUAACAUGGAGUCAGUCAGUAUCUUUACCUUUGCCUCCUUCUCAAUCCCUUUAUGGCAAACCUGCUUUUGCUGAUAUGAAUGGUGAUGGACAAGUUGAUAUGAUUAUUCUCUCCUGUUCAUCAGUCUCCUGCUCUCACCCUCUCCUUCAUAUCAUGUAUCAAGAGUUUAAUGAGAAAACUGAUGUUGUUCAGUGUCGUCCUUACACAUGGAAUGGCUGGAAAUUGAAAUGGGCGCAAUCAGUUACCCACUUCAAUAUCUCGUGGCCCCUUGAUCCUAAUUUUAUAAAAUAUUAUUUGCUAACUGUUGGUGAUAUUGAUCUUGAUCGCUUCCCUGACAUUAUAAUCCCUACUUUUAACACUACAGCAUUGAAUAGUUCUGUUAGUCAAAUUGCUCGUGUUUUCACUAACAAACCUUGUGAAAUAAACUGUGGAGAUGGUGCAACAGCAAUCAGAAGACUUGAGCAUGACAGCUCUUUAUUCUCAAAUGUUUAUGGAGUCAACGCUGCUAUCCUAAUUGAUCUCUUUGAAGAUGGUAUUCCUGAUGUAUUGAUUAUCAGAGAGAAAGAGAGUGGAGGAGAUGAGAUUGUAGCCAUGAGACAGGUUUUAAGCUCUGAUCAUAUGUUUCUAAAGACAUUAGUGUUGUCUGGGUAUUGCUUUUCUCAUUGCUCAAGUGGUCGUGAACCUCUUGGUUCACUUUUGCCUGGAGCUGUAGUCAGCUACGAGACUCUGGAUAGAAAUGGACAUAAAAUUAAAGCUACAGGCUCAGUAUCUCAAUCUUCCUCUUACCUCAAUUGCCCUACAUUGCCCUAUGUUCUCCUAGGACUUGGUACUACUCCAAACUUUAUCGAAACACUCUCUAUUGGUUUGGCCAACAAUGUCACAAGCUCAUCUUGGUACAUGAACUGGCCGCUCCUGGUACCAAACUCUCAGCUUAUCCUCAUACCCAGUCCAACCUAUAAACCAUCAAAAUGGACAUUGCAGCUGUAUUUGACUCCAAGUGGAUUAGUGUAUAGUGUUAGUGGGGUCCUCCUAAGUAUAUGCGUUGGACUCUUAAUCAUUAUAUUGCUACUACACACUAGGGAGAAGUAUCAGGAUUCAAAAGAGAGAAAGCAAUCAAAGCAGAAGUUUUACUUCAAUGCAAUGUAACUAAUAAUAAAUGUUAUUUAUAUACAAUGUAACUAAUAAUAGAUGUUAUA